GCCGUUUACCCUACAUGGCCACGCGCUGCCGGAGCGGGGCCGCGCGGCUGCGCGCGAGGGGGGGCCGCGCCGGGCUUGCCGGGGGAGGUGUGACUGAAACAAAACAAAGCCAAAGGGACGCUGGAUUUAUCAUUGGUUGAUUUUCCUCCUCCUUUUUUUUUUAUGAUCAAAAAACAACCCCCCACCCGAGCAAACAAACAUACACAAAAGCAGAAAGAAAGGGUCUUGCUCAGCAGCAGCAUGGAUGUCUUGGCUAGUUAUAGUAUAUUCCAGGAACUCCAGCUUGUCCACGACACCGGCUACUUCUCAGCUUUGCCAUCCUUGGAGGAAAACUGGCAGCAGACAUGCCUGGAGUUAGAGCGAUACCUUCAGACCGAACCGCGCAAGAUCUCUGAGACCUUUGGUGAGGAUUUGGACUGCUUCCUUCAUGCCUCCUCAGCCCCAGAUGCAGAGGACAAUAUCCAACAGCUGGACCCCAUCCUUUUACCAGUGGAGACGAGUACAUGUGACAAAAGCGCCAACAUGGACAUUAUCCUCUCACGUGACAAGCUGCUGUCUGAGACGUGCCUCAGCUCGCAGUCCACCAGCUCUUCCACAGAAGGCUACACAGCCGUCAACCAGGCCCAACUCAAUGCAGUAACCUCAUUAACUCCUCCUUCCUCGCCAGAGCUCAGCCGCCACCUUGUAAAAACCUCACAGACUCUCUCAGCGGUGGAUGGCACAGUGACAUUGAAAUUGGUGGCCAAGAAAACUUCACUCAGCUCUGUAAAAGUGGGUGUAGCAACAGCGACUGCGGGGACGAUAAAAAGCGGGCAAAGUGACAGUGAACAAGGAGGUAUGGGGACAGAAGCAUCUCCAGAAAACAAGAAGAGGGUUCAUCGCUGUCAGUUUAAUGGGUGCCGGAAAGUUUAUACAAAGAGCUCCCACUUAAAGGCUCACCAGAGGACUCAUACAGGUGAGAAGCCUUACAAGUGCUCGUGGGAAGGGUGCGAGUGGCGUUUUGCACGGAGUGAUGAGCUCACAAGGCAUUACAGAAAGCACACGGGUGCAAAGCCCUUUAAAUGCAACCAUUGUGACAGGUGUUUUUCCAGGUCGGAUCACCUUGCCCUCCACAUGAAGAGACACAUCUAAAUAUCAGUCAGCUUGGCAUAGAUGUCAUCUGGGCUAAGUGUUGUGAGAUGAAAGUGGAACUCAAGUUACAACGUGCUACCUUACAGGAGAAGAGAACUUGAUCCCGUGUAAUCCUCUGUACAGGGGCCACAUGCUCACACUGUCUUGCACCCAGUGAUACUUCAAUACGUACAUUGGUUCUUUUAUGCCUUGCCCCAGCUGGAUGGGAGAAGAUGCAGGCGAGGAAAUGGUGUAGUGGUGAAGUCAGUGGAAAAGAACAAUUGCUUACAAUACUUCAUCCCUCUUGGAUUUGUUUCCUGUUUUUGCCAACGGAAAUCAAAGAAAACACAGGAGGCUUCCCUGCAGUGGAUGGCAGUAGGAGGGGCUUAUCUAACUUGCUUCUCAGUGCAACUCAGUAGAAGAAUAUGUUGUCUUGAAGUUGCAUAUUUGUAGCACUAACUUCCUUUUUAAAUAGAUGGGGGGAAACCAAUGACCUAGAAAACCAAAUCCCA